AUCAGAAUACCAUAGACAACAAAAUUCUAGCAUAUUACAACACAGUUAUUCAUCUACGAAUUUUUUUGUGGGAUUUAAGCAUUUGGUAAAAGAAAAAUGGGAAAUCUUGAUGGAUGAGUGUGAAAAAGAAAGAAAAAAAAAAGACAGAAGAAUCUUUUUAAGACCCGAAAACAAGCUGAAAUAUAUAAGGAAAUUCUAAUUAACGAAGGAAAGAAAGAGAGAAGUGAAGAAGGAAGGAAAGUGAAGGGAGAGGAGGGGGUUGGGACAGCGAGGCAGAAACAAAGGGCGAGGAAGUAGAGAGGAAGGGGAGCCUGCCCCACACCUUAUUUAAGGUUGAGCCUGUUGGUGUUUGUGUUUUACUUAUAAAGUUUGCAGGCGAGAUCUCAGUGAGUUUACUGCAAAUCCCUGUGUCUUGGGCUCCCAAUCUCUCUCUUUCUCUUGUUUUUCUCUUUUGAAAGAGAAUUUUUUUCGUUUCUUCUUUUGUAACUGAGACAGACAGAGAUUGAGAGAGGUACAACAAUCAAAUCCCAAAUACAAUCUCUCUCUCUUUCUCUUUCUUUUUUGUAGUGUAUAAUUCUUUUGUACUUGGUGUUUCUUUUCCUGGGUUUUCUUGUCAGAUCUCUCUGCUUCUUUUUUUUUUGUCCUGUUAAUGUUCCUUACCCUUAUUCUUCCUUCUGGUUGCCUUGCACUUGCUUUCUGUUAUUCUUCUUUUUCUUUUUCUUUUUUUUUACGUCUUCCACUGCCUCAACAGAUCUGACUUUUUUUUCACUGGUGAGGCUUGUUUUAUGUAUCAAUUUCUUAUUUUUAGUUAAUCACUUGGCAAAGACUUGGUUUUCACCUUAACCCGUGUUUGAAAAACAUGAAAUUGUGGUUCUUCUCUCUUCUACCUUUCCUACCCUUUUUUAAAUUACUAUUUUUAGAUAUCUAUCAAUGUUGAUUCAAAUAAGUGGUCAAACAAAAUCUUUUCUUUUUCUUUCUCCUUUCUUCUUCUUGUUUUCGGUAUGCUUCUCUUUUCUUGUUGCUGCAAAAUUUUGGAUGAAAAGUUUCAAGCUUUGCUUUGAAGGGUAUGAAUGAUGUCAUAUUGGCAUUGGAACUGUGUGCCUUUUGCAUUUCGGUAAUUGCGUUAUUAGCUGUUGUUCAUGAGGUCAAUGUAUUUAUUGAUAAUUCUGGUGCAAAAAGAAACAGCUGAUUGGCCUGCACUGACAAUGAAAUCAUUCAACCUUUUCUUCCCUGUCAAGAAAAUGAUUAUAAAACUACAUGUGUUUGUUUCUAUUUCUUUUUCUUGAAUAAUAUUAUUUCCCUUUUGCCCUUUCCAUACAGGGUAGGAAAUCCAUAGUUUAAGCGUUUCUUUUUUGACUCGGCGGGACAGAGUAUAGCAAUAGGGAAUGAAUGGGACCAUGUUAGGAUGGCUAAGUAAGAUAUGAGUUGGGUCCCUGUAUCAUGUGAAAGAUUUCAAUGCAAAUUGACAUGUAAAGUAUCACAUGUCGGUGGUAGUUGCAUUUAGAUCUUCGAGUUUUACAGCUUUGAAGGUCGUUUCUUAUGGUCGAGAUUGCUUUCAGGAUCUGCAUUAAAUUUAAUUCUUGCUGUUUGAAAAGGAGCGUGGUUUUGCUUUCCCUUUCCAUUCUCGAUGCUUUUUGUACCCAUUACUCGGAUCUAUCCUAAGGAGCUAACUUCUGUUUCAUCAUUUGGUCGUUGCAAUUUUCUGGUAUUUUGUCAUUCUCAACUGUAGAAGUGAACCAUCAGUGCGCUAAUUAAUUAUUUCUGAAAUCAUGAAGCAUAAAGAUGGAAAAUAUCAGUCCCAACCUGAUAAAGGUUUCAAGAUUGUCCCUGCAACAUUACUGGUUUUUGUGCUAUGCGGGUUUUCUUUCUAUCUUGGUGGAAUCUUCUGUUCUGAGAAAAAUAAAUUGGAGGGCAAGACAGUCCAGGAUGUUUCCAAGGCUGUUCCUUCUCCAAAGGAACCUGCAGUAAACCCCCUUCAAGUCAAAUCUGUUGCCUUCCCAGAAUGCAGCAUUGAUUAUCAAGACUACACUCCAUGCACAGAUCCCAGGAGGUGGAAGAAGUAUGGUUUACAUCGGCUUACUUUCUUGGAACGCCACUGCCCUCCAGUGUUUGAGAGGAAGGAAUGUUUGGUUCCACCUCCUGAUGGGUAUAAGCCACCUAUCAGAUGGCCAAAGAGCAGGGACGAAUGUUGGUACAGGAAUGUCCCAUAUGAUUGGAUUAAUAAGCAGAAGUCUAAUCAGAACUGGCUGAGGAAACAAGGGGAGAAGUUCCUGUUUCCUGGUGGUGGUACUAUGUUCCCAAAAGGAGUUGGUGCAUAUGUAGAUUUGAUGCAAGAUCUGAUCCCUGAAAUGAGAGAUGGCACAGUUCGAACUGCAAUUGAUACUGGUUGUGGGGUUGCAAGUUGGGGAGGUGAUCUAUUAGAUCGUGGAAUUCUGACUGUUUCUCUCGCUCCAAGAGAUAAUCAUGAAGCUCAGGUCCAGUUUGCUUUGGAACGUGGAAUACCUGCAAUCCUUGGUGUCAUUUCUACCCAGCGCCUUCCUUUCCCUUCAAAUUCAUUUGAUAUGGCUCAUUGCUCAAGAUGCCUUAUCCCGUGGACUGAAUUUGGGGGAAUUUAUCUCCUUGAAGUUCAUCGCAUACUCCGUCCUGGUGGUUUCUGGGUCUUGUCUGGCCCUCCUGUAAAUUAUGAAAACCGUUGGCGUGGAUGGAAUACGACUGUGGAAGAGCAAAAAUCAGAUUAUGAGAAGUUGCAGGACUUGUUGACUUCAAUGUGCUUUAAAAUGUAUGCCACAAAGGAUGAUAUUGCUGUGUGGCAGAAAUCUUCAGAUAAUAGCUGCUACGAUAAGCUUGCAGAUCCAGAUGUCUAUCCUGGCAAGUGCGAUGACAGUAUUGAACCAGAUUUAGCAUGGUACACUCCGCUCCGCCCAUGUGUUGUAGUUCCAAGGCCAAAGCUUAAGAAAUCAUCCCUGGAAUCCCUGCCAAAGUGGCCAGAGAGGUUACAAGUUGCACCUGAACGCAUUUCAGAUGUUCCUGGUGGGAGUGGAAAUGCUUUAAAGCAUGAUGACAGCAAGUGGAAGGUGCGGGCCAAGCACUACAAAAACUUGCUUCCUGCUAUUGGGACUGAUAAGAUACGAAACGUUAUGGACAUGAAUACAGUUUAUGGAGGUUUCGCUACAUCUCUUAUUGAUGAUCCCUUGUGGGUCAUGAAUGUUGUCUCUUCUUAUGCUGCCAACUCACUACCUGUGGUCUAUGAUCGGGGCCUUAUUGGAACUUAUCAUGAUUGGUGUGAAGCGUUUUCAACAUAUCCAAGGACAUAUGAUCUCCUUCACCUUGAUGGCCUCUUCACUGCUGAGAGCCACAGGUGUGAUAUGAAGUAUGUGCUCUUGGAGAUGGACCGAAUCUUGCGCCCUAAUGGAUAUGCAUUAAUACGGGAAUCCAGCUAUUUUGUUGAUGCAAUUGCCACCAUUGCUAAAGGAUUGAGGUGGGGCUGCCGCAAAGAAGACACUGAAUAUGGUGUGGAAAAGGAGAAGAUAUUAGUAUGCCAGAAAAAACUCUGGUAUUCCUCUAGCAGCAGUUGAUGAUGAAUAGUGAUCCAAAGUCAAGGUGACAGAUCUCGUCUGGUUAAGUAUAAUUAUUGUUGCAAGAGUAGGAGCUGAAAGCAGGAAAGUUCCAUACCUCAUACAGAGAGAUUAGAUAUGCAUAGAAAUCAAGAAUCUCUAAAUUCAUAUUCGUCGAUUGAAGAAUUAGCCUCCCAAUAAAUAUGAUUUUGUUAAUUUAUAGAUAUAUUCUUUGCAAGGCAUCUAAAUAUACACAAUCCUGAUAUACUGUCUUCAUUUUUUAUCCCUUUCCGGCCAUCUUUUUUGCCUUCUAUAUGUUGUCAAACUGUGAUAAUCAGUGGAUGUCCGCCAGUUGUGAUUUUAUAAGUCCAAUGAAAAUUAUAUAUUUUGCUUUCCGAAAAUUUACUACUUUUUUAACUUUGUGGAAAUGAAGCCCAAAGAAAACGGGAAGAAGGCCCCGCUACCUUCCCCAAAAUCAAAAGCCCAUGAGUGGGCUCGGUUUGCUGAUUAAAAACCUCCCCAAGGCCAUUGUUCGGGAAAUAAAGUUGGUGAACCAGGAAUCUCUUCUUCACUUAUGCAGAUUAAUUCGACUAGUGUAAAUCCAUUCUGCUUUCUUGUUUCGAAUGAGCAAUCCGAGAAACGGACGAUGAAAGUUUUCAUGCUGACGUGCGACGCCACCUCAGGAUUUCGGUGGUUUUGUGGCAGGCUUUUUUAGAAAGUGGGCUCACCGUACUCCGUUGUUUCAUAAAUGUUUGAUCCCAUGGACCAUCAAUUGCUCUUCAAGCUUUUACAGGCUUUUGUAGCCUAUGGAACUUAUUGCUGGCACCACUAUCUUUGACAAGUCAUUGAAUUGGAUCACAAUCAUGACAAGACUAUGAAACAGCAAAAGUAUCAGAGCGAUGGGAUUAUCUUGGAUUUUCAAGCAUAUAUAUCUUUGGUACAAAUUUUUAACCAAUACUAAUAAAUUAAUUUUUUUUGUUGCAUGUAUACUGAAUUAUUAAUUUCUUUUCACUCGGUGCAAUUUGUUUGUGCAUGCAUUUUCAUUUUCACUAUCGUGAAAAUUGGUUUUGCUUUGCUAUAAAACUGUUUGGACUUUUUCCUGAACUUUUUUUUUCGCAGCCUUUUGGUACCCGUCCAAAUCAGAAGUCAACGUCGAUUCUGUGAUAUCCCUUUCGCUUGCAAAAUCAUGAGAAAUUCACCACACUUCUGUCAUUUUUACACUUUUUUUCUGUUUCUAAAUUUUUCUUGAUUUCUAAUGCCCACAGAAACCACCGUUCUACGAUCUGUUGAGUGACAUAACAUCGAUGCUAAAAAAUACUGUUUAGUCAUAAAAA